CGUCCACAAAUGUGCGAGCACGGAUUCAGUUGUUAGUUUUUAUUUUGUGAAGCUAUCAAACGUAACAGUCUUACCGUUACAUUAUUAGCGCACAAUUUACAUCAUUUAAACUACAUUAUGUUCCUUGAGUGCUCCACACUGACGGCGCUGGGACCCCGCGGAACCAAACUGACUUGCCAGGCAACAGGGAACUAGUGACGACGAAGUGCUAACGAGUUAGCCGGCUAGCCGCCGUUAUCUGGCGUGUGCGCGGUGGAGGUGAUUUACAUAUGAUAUAGAAUAAUAAUCAAGAAUAUAUUACAUUUUAUUUUAGGCUGGCCAUCCACAUAAUUUAAUUAUGCCUAGCAAAAAGAAGAAAUACAACGCCAGAUUCCCUCCGGCGAGGAUUAAGAAGAUUAUGCAGACAGAUGAAGAAAUAGGCAAAGUGGCUGCAGCUGUACCCGUUAUUAUUUCGAGAGCCCUGGAGCUUUUUUUGGAAUCAUUGCUUACAAAGGCCUGUCAAGUCACCCAGUCCAGGAACGCAAAGACAAUGACAACGUCACAUCUAAAACAGUGUAUUGAACUUGAGCAACAGUUUGAUUUCUUAAAAGACCUGGUGGCAACAGUCCCGGACAUGCAGGGUGAGGGCGACGAGAACCACACCGAGGGAGGAGGAGAAAAAGUCCCUCGCAGGGGUCGAAAACCAGGAUCUGGACGCAAGAAUGGAGGGGCCAGCUCCAAAGGCAAGGACAAGAAGUUGUCUGGCACAGAGUCAGAGCAAGAGGAUGACUCUGAAGACAGCGAGACGGAAGGGGACGAGGAAGACGGCUCUCAGUCAAGCACAAAUCUACAGGCUGCAUCCAGGUUCCACAGCUCAAACGCACCCCCCCAGUACAUGCACAUGGGCAACAUGGUCCCGGUGGGUAGCAUGACUCCAGCACAGCCCCAGGGCGGCAUGGCCUUCGCCCCCCACCCCUCCAUGAUGAGUGUUGCUCCGCCUCCCCAGGCCCCCGCGCCGCACAAAAACGAGGAUGACGACGAUGAAGACUAUGACUCUUAGCUCUGUCUUUCCCUCCUCCUCCUCCACCACUCACUCUCUCACACACACACAAACACACACAGUCUUUCAACGUUAUUUUCGAUCUCUUAAGUUGUUCUUGCGGCGGCCGCUCUACGCAGAGGAGGGAAAGACUCUUGAUCGCAGCCUCCUGAUGGAAAAACCCUCGACAGUCGGCUGUGAGAGACACUGCCGCAGGAGACAGAAUACUGGUUGUAUAUUGUGUUUUAAUUUUCUUUUUUUUUUCU